AUGCAGAGACAGUUUGAACUCCCUACUGCUGGACUAGCUAUUCCUCACCCAAAAUACCAGUGCAAUUUUGAAGUCAUGUCUCUUCAGCCAGCUAUAGUCAAUUAUCCAUGGAAAGUAGCCAGCCAGCUGUUGGUACUCCCGCUCGAACUACGCUUGAAGAUCUACUUGUUUUACUUUGCAUUCAUCACUGUCCGGUUCGGAGAUCCCCAUCCAGCCAGUGCGGCAGCUCCAUUAAUAUACAGGCCAAACCAUGACUCACUAGCAAUUCUUCGGACUUGCCGCCAAAUAUACUAUGAAGCAGGCGGUCUAUUUCCCGGAAGCGUUUUAAUAUCUUUCGAUAACCCUGAUAAUUCUGUUUACCAUCUCACCCGGUUGCCUUUUCACGCCCUUUCGAGGAUCCGUCAUGUUGAGCUUGAUUUGGUCUCAUUCAAAGCUCUUCCAUCUAGUCGUUCAGGCUAUGCCGUCGCAUAUAGGUUUAACUUGAUACCUUGCCUGCAGCUCGAUACACUUACUAUCUUCGGGAUGGGGCUAUGUUGUGAUAUUGUGGAGGGCUUUGUGAAAUUUGGCGAGGGAUGGAAAGAAUUACGCUUUGUGGACUCUUCGCUAAGGACAGAAGAAUUCAGGGAUAUCAUGGCCAUGGCAGUUGGGGAUUCAAGGCAACUAGGACAGCCAACAGUGACAUGGAAAGAGAUGAUGUUACGGCGUGAUGGCAAUGAAUCUGGCUCUUCCGUCUCUAUCUAUUGCACCACACAGCCUUGGGAGCGGAAUUCUGUGCUAAACCCAUCCACACAGAGACUAGUAUCGUCGGUCAACUUGCAAGAUUUGGUCCCAAAAAAAGAAAUGGAUGAGAUAAUAGUCGUCCUGAAACGUGGAGAAGCCACUUCACUCAGUGCGCAGCAUGAUAUAGCUAAAAAGACUAUGCAGGAGGCGAUUUCUGAACAUGGAAGUAGGGAAGGGUUGUCAUUAGGAACCGCCAUUGCUUGGCUAGGAGAAUAUGACCGGUUAAUACGUAUGUCUAACGAAAGGAGGACAGCUUACUUUUCCGGUGGGCCCUGGUAG